AUGGCUACUCUCUAUGGGCUAUAUCGAAUGGCUGCCACGGGGUGGCUGGCUUUUCCUUGGGGGUACGAGGGCGGAUUGGGGCUCCCGGAACUUGAUAGUAACCUGAGCAGUUUAAGAGCGUGUCCACUGCGUCCCCUACAUCUCUAUACCUCCUUCCAGCAGCGUGGUGUUUCGUCACUUCAGGAAGGUUGUAAUUGGGCGCUGAAAAACGAUCGUAACGCGGAUUCGAACAUAUUUAAAAAGCUCGCCAGGCUCGGGAAGUUUUCAAGAUAUAAACCUCCACCGAUGUCGAGAUACCUAUCCUCGCAAACCUCCUGGAUGAGAACGGACAAAGCACACAAUGGCCGAAAGGUCCUCUGA